GAGUCGAGCAGGAGGGUCUUCCCAGGAAAGGAAGGAGCCUCAAACAGCAACAGCCGGAGAGCAACGUGGUUUAGAAGAGAUUCGGUGUGAGGCUGGUGCUUUACUGCGUGGGGUCUCGUAUUGACACUUAAAUCCAGCCCAGAGAGGGUGUUGUUCAUGAUGAAAGUAGUGGCUUUAAUCAGUGGUGGAAAAGACAGCUGUUACAAUAUGAUGCAUUGUGUUGCUGCUGGGCAUGAGAUCGUUGCCUUAGCCAAUUUAAGACCUGCUGAAAACCAAGAAGGCACAGAUGAACUGGACAGUUACAUGUAUCAGACAGUUGGGCAUCAUGCCAUAGAACUUUAUGCUGAAGCAAUGGGUUUGCCUCUUUAUCGUCGCACCAUUAAGGGUACUAGUGUGGACACUGGCAAAACGUAUACUAGGCAUGAAGGUGACGAGGUUGAGGACCUUUAUCAUCUUCUAAAACUUGUUAAGGAUAAAGAAGAUGUAAAAUGUGUUUCAGUAGGUGCCAUUCUUUCAGACUAUCAACGAGUCCGUGUGGAAGAUGUGUGCAAACGGCUUAAGCUACAGCCCUUAGCUUAUCUUUGGCGUCAGAACCAGGAAACUUUGCUCAAAGAAAUGAUGUCUUCAAACAUUGAAGCCAUAAUAAUAAAAGUAGCAGCUUUUGGUUUAGAUCCAGAUAAACAUCUAGGAAAAACACUGGAUGAAAUGGAACCCUAUCUUUUAGAACUUUCGAAGAACUAUGGAGUCCAUAUCUGUGGAGAAGGUGGAGAAUAUGAAACAUUCACGUUGGAUUGUCCUCUAUUUAAGAAGAAAAUAGUUGUGGAUUCAACAGAAGUUGUUGUGCAUUCUGCAGAUGCAUUUGCUCCUGUGGCUUAUCUUCGUCUACUUAAAUUGCACUUAGAAGACAAGGUGCAGUCUUUAAGCGAAGUCCUGCCCAGGUGCUGUUCUUGCGAUGCCAGCUGUUUUGAAGAUACUGCAUGGUCUGCAUCAGAGGAACAAAGUGAAAGCCCGUGUAUUACAUGGCACUCCACUGGGACUACCUUGGUGAAGCCUAGUAAGACACUGGAAUGUUCAGGGAAGUCCCUGAAAGGUUACCAGUGGCUAUCCAAUAUCAGUGCUUGUUUUCAUCCACCGGAAAGCUUAAGAGUGGAAGAUCUGGCUAAAGAUAUCUUUUCAUCACUCCAAGCUCAUCUGAAUUCAGAAGGAUUGGAAUUGACAGAUAUUAUUUUGGUCCAUCUGUACAUGAAGAGCAUGAAAGAUUUUUCUGUGAUAAAUUCAGCCUAUAUGAUAGCAUUUGAUUUGUGUCCCCCAGCAAGAGUAUGUGUAGAAGCCGCCUUGCCUGAAGGAAUGUUAUUUCAGAUGGAUUGCCUUGCACACAAGUAUGAUGAGACAGCUGGUGGUGUAUCCUGUUACCAGAAGCAGAUCAUGCAUGUGCAGAGCAUUUCUCACUGGGCUCCUGCAAACAUAGGACCUUACAGUCAGUGUGUACAGGUUGGAGAUGUUCUUUACUGUGCUGGCCAAAUUGCACUUGUCCCUUGUACUAUGCAGCUUAUAAGUGCAGGCAUAGAAGCGGAGGCACUGGUUUCCUUAAACCACACUGAAAAAGUCCUAAAAGCCAUGAGCCAGAAUGCUGAACUUCACCAUGUACUUAUGGCAAAUUGUUAUGUAACUGACAAGAAGUACAUUUCUGUCGCUCAAGCUACAUGGCAGAAGAAAUUAAGAGACUUUAAAAAGGGAGAAAACAAAGACCUACAUGGUGGCAGACCUUCAGUGUGUGGACAGCUGCUAGUAAUUGUGGUACCUGCUCUUCCUAGAGGUGCAUCCAUUGAAUGGCAUGUCUUGGCUGUAGUAGAUGAGCAACAGCAAAGGCAAAAGUUUGUGCUGAUGAGGUCAUCAGAGAACUACCAAAUUAAAUGUGAAGCAAUGCAAUCUUGCAAAGCUUGUACUGCAGCUAUUGUCAUAUCCUUAAGCCUGAGUUCACCACUGGCUACUACAAUCAAUUUAGAUACAGCCCUUCAUGACAUUGUGGAAGUGUUUAAGCGAGCUGUUGAAAAGCUUUCAGAAGAUCAUAAUACAAUUCCUUUGGGAUUUAGAACUUUCUACCAAAACAGCAUUGUUGAAAUGGAACCACUGCAAACAGGACUUCAAGAACAUCUUGAAGAACAAAUGGGCAAGAAAGCACCAGCUCUGAUCAUGGUACCUGUAGUGGACUUACCUGGACACAUAAUUAUUCAGAUAGCUUGCUGGCUCAGCCAAUAAUUAAGCAGCUAUCAUUGCUACAUGUAUUCCACAGGGAGAGAAGAGAUCAGUGCCAUACCUGGCUGUACACUGUUGGAUAAUAACAAGCAGAUUUGUAUGUGGACUAUUUGGGAAAAUAUUUCAUUUCUGUGGAGUGUCCUCUGGGGUCUGUACAUGGUCAUAG